AACUUGAAAACAGAAACCGCUGGAAAACACAGAAGAGAGAUUUGGAAAUGGAGGAUCCGGGAGCCAUCUUGUGCCAAAUCUCAUACCUGAAGGACAUGCUUGACCAGGUGAACGAAGAAAUCGAGGCGAACAUUCAGAUAACGCGGGAGAUCGAGUCGGAGAUCGUGAAAUGCUCGGAAUUCGAGUCCGCUUUGGCGGCGAAAGAGUCCGAUCUCACCAGGACGCUCUACGUUUCGCAGUUUGAGCUCAUCGGAUUGGUCACCGUCACCAAUGAAUUAAGGAGGUCUGUGGAAAAUUUGGAGAGGGAAUUAGAUGGAGUGAGAUUGAAACGGGAGGAGAUUCUUGAGAGAAUCAGCGAAAAUCGGGAAAGGUUUGUGGCAUUGUGCAUGGAAUUUCAGGAGGACAUUGAUGAUAAGGGUAGUGACAAUGUACUGAGAGCUCUGCUGUCUGAGAAGGAGUACCUUCAGAAUGAAAUGCUUAUAUUGGAUGAGAAGAACAAUGCUUUGAAGAACUCAAUGAUGGCGUUUAUUGAGGGGAUUCUUGAAGAUCUUAACAGUGGAAACUCUGCUUUACAGAUUGAGAUACAGAAGGGGAAUCAGGAGAAUGAGAAAUUGCUGAAGGAUAUUAAUAACAUGAAAACUUCAUGGCUCUCAAAUUUUUCAUAUGAUGAUAUCAGUGGAGCAGGAUCGUGGACCUUACAGUAAGCUGAAGGGUGUGUCCCUCCGGCAGUUUCUUCCAAAGAUGAAAAGGUACCAACAAAUUGGUAGGCCUAGAUUUUACUGUUUAAAGCUUUGCUUCAUAUAAAGUUUUAUGGUAUC